AACUUGUAUUUAUUUACAUUAGUGCUUGCAACUGCCCACCCCAUGUUUAGGGUCUUGGUUGAACCAAACUCUAGAAUGUUAGCAGACUUGAUCAGUGGCGCUGUUUCCUGUUAUUCUCUGGUGAACUUCCGAGAUUCCCAAUAUCCUUCAAGGAAAUGGGCGACGGCAAGCGAAGAGUGUUGAUGGUGUGUUUAGGAAACACUUGCCGAUCACCGAUAGCCGAGGCAGUCUUCCAGAAUGUGGUGAACAAAGCCGGUGUCUCUUCAGAAUGGGAAGUGGAUAGUGCUGCGCUUAUGGACUGGAAUGUUGGCCGUGGUGCUCAACCCAGGGGUCUCAAGACACUGUCUGACCAUGGACUCAAGUGCUCUCAUAAAGCGAGGCAAAUCACCAAGGAGGACUUUGAAAAGUUUGACUACAUUUUCGGGAUGGAUAUGGGGAAUGUAAGGGAUUUAAAUGAACUGAAACCAGCAAAUAGCAAGGCCAAGAUUCUACUUCUCGGUGACUUCGAUCCACAAGGAGAGAGACACAUCCGCGACCCUUACUUUGAUCACGGUUACGAGGGAUUUGAGAAGUGCUAUCAACAAUGCAGUCGUAUGUGUCCAGAGUUUUUUAAGAGGGUUACAGAAAAUAAUAUUUGAUUUUAGUCACUCCCUUUUGAACAUUGUAAUUGUCGCUACAGAUGAUGAUUUGCAUGAGCACAAGUUAUUGCUCUAAAGAAAUAGAGUAAAUCAAUGUUAAGUGAAUCAAAUUUCUCGUAGAACUCGAAAGUAUACAAUUUUACAUCAUCAGUGUCCUCUGUUAUGCGCCGGGUAUAGCCUUUUAAGAAAAUGAUUAUUAAAUUUUUCGAAACGUUAUAAAAGAUAAAUCAAACCAAGCACAUGCACUAGACAAAAAAAGUCUGGAAACACUUCCUAUCUUUUACACUUUAUGGUCAGCCUAACUGAAAUAGGAGGUUUCCAAUCAUUAAAAUAGUCUUAUGUUACUCAACAAACAAUAAACUUUCAUUUAAACAGAA